ACGGCGUAUUAAGUGUUCGGUGCUCGUCGUUUAUAAACAUUAGAACAGUUAAAGUUAUUUACAUGAAAGUGAAUUAUGUACGUUUAGGGAAAGUUUGCUUUCUGAAACAUGCCAUGCGCUGUCGUAUUUGCUAGAAAUGAAGCUGUGUACUUGAAGCAGUGAAGUGACAACCCUUUCAAACAAGGAAAAAUGAAGAAAGCUGCAAUCAUCUGGCUGUUCUUGCUCGCACUGAUAUCCGAAGUUCUAUGUCAGGAAGACUACAGUACGUGCUGCCACAGUGGGCCUGUGUGUUCUUGUGCUUCCCAUAUAAAUUUUGAUGGCGAAACCCAUGGGAACAUGGAUAUCAACUCCAGUGACUGUCUUGUCUACAAGAUACGAAAUGUUUCAGAAUGUGAUUCCUUCAAAUUUGAUGGCAACAUGAAUGAAAGGGAAUUAGGCUCAGUACGUUUGCAUCCAGUUGUAAUAAACUUCUCUUCAAAUCUCAAUAUGUCUUUCAUCAAUGUGAAAUGGACAAAACUGCAGUUUCGUCUGAGUGGCAUGGAGAGGAGUUGGUCUCUUUGCCGAACCAUAGAACUGAGUAAGAGAGCAGCAAAGAGGUUCAAUAUUAAGGAGUUGUUUUACAGUUGCCGACUCCUCAGUCCCAAUAUGACUGACCAAAACAUCAUGUUAGAAUACCAUGCAUCUCAUGGAACACAUGAUGAAUUUGGUAGAUUUACCUUCAGGCUGGACUCACCAAUAGACAGGUCAGUGCGCUUUACACCAAAGUGGAAAAAUAAAUUUGUGUACAUUGAAUGGCAGCUGCCAUUGCUGAUAGCUCAUUGGCAUCAUCCCUUUAGUGAAGAGCCUGCAAAAUAUGAAGUGGUUGUGAGGAGAGAUGGUAAAAUAAAACAGAAGGAAAAGUUUUUCUCUGACAAUGACAGCAGUAUUGCUGACUUGGGAAUGGAAAUGAAGUAUGAUACAAUGCACUUCCCAGGUUAUUAUAUUUUUGAAAUUACGAAGUGUGCACCACAGCAAGAUUGUGACGAUCCCAGCACAGCAACUGUCAAAAUAGCUCCUGUCUCCCGUUUGCUGCAGUAUAUCAGCCUGAGUAUUCUAUUCCUGCAGUCUGUUCUGGUACUGAUUAUUUUGUGGAUGACAGCUCAGUGGUACCGUGCAUUUUCAGGUAAACCGAAUGUAUUGGUUAUGUAUUCCCCAUCAAGAGGUGCCCAUGUGAAAGCUGUUCGAGAGUUGGUCAACUUCCUACGAGAGCAUUGUCGUAUGAAUGUAUUUUUUGAUUUGGAUGAUAUAAAAGUCAGCCCAGAUCCAGAUCCCGUCCGCUGGUACACCACUUCCUUGGAAAUUGCAGAUUAUGUUCUGAUGGUUGCUUCACCACCUCCUCCAGGGAUUCCUGAUAAAUUUGGCUGUCUACAUCCGGCGUUCAACCUGGAACAUGGAGCAGGGGAAUCAUUAGUUGAUCCGGACCUUUUGUCGAUGCAGUUACUAGCACCUUGUCUAGCUAGACGACGACCUUGCGUUGUAGUUUGCCUACCACCUGGCACUACUGUCCAGCAUUUGCCACCAGAAAUCCGCACUUUUCGUACCUACUGCUUGCCCGCAAAACUGAAACCCAUGCUGCGAGCACUGCGCGGUGUUGGUACAGUUCUUCCAUGCUUGCCACCACCUCCUGGAGCAGAACGUAAUAGAGCAGAAGCCCACACUCGAGUGUGGGCUGCCAUGAAGGCAGCAGAGCGAGAUCUAAGGGAACGGCCACCCGCACCAGGGUCCCUCUCUCCCUGGGAACGACCAUGUCCAGAGCAUUCAAAUUUAUCUAAAUUGGAAAUUCCAGUAAAACAAAAAUCUCCACUUCAGAUGGAAAUUAGCCUUGAGAAAUCCACUGGUGAGCUUCCUGGACAGAGGCAGAUUGUCACUAAUAAGGCGUUUCCUGGAUGCAUUGAUGAACUUAACCUACUGAAGUCUGAUGAUGAGGAAAAGGAGCCAGAUGAGCAACAAGAAGUGCAGGAAGAGGAUAUGCAGGAUCUUUUACACGAUUUUGUCCUCUGAUUUAAAUGUGCCAUUUUUUUGCCAUUGUUUAUUCUCUUGUAGGAUAGUAGUAUCUCCCUUGUCCCACUCUUCCCCUGGCACAAAAUUUCCUUCAUCAAUAGUUUAUUUUAUCACUUGGCAACAGAUGGCUUUUUCCGCUUACGUUUCAUAGCUCCAAACAUUUUGUCGUAUACCCUUUGGACAGGGUGACGGAUAUCAAUAUGGUACUUAGUAUAACCAAAAAGAAAGGAUUUCACUACAUAAGAAGGGAUAAUUUAAAGAGCUUCACUGCCAGUGUGACUAAUAAUUAAGAAUAGUGCAAUGCUCACACUAGCUACCUAGCACACUAGCAUACCUAGAUCAGGAUAACAGUGUUUGACAGUAAGUUGCUACCUGGACAGAUGCCAUAGCAAUAACCAAUCAGAGAAAGAGGUAUAUCACAUCAUGUACUCGUUCCACUAUAAUCAUAUUGCGCAGGUGCCAUCAAUUACAGAUUAUGCUUGUGGCUGACAACAUAAUGCAUUCAACUACCAGCAAGAGCAUGCAGAAAAGUGCUGAGUCACUUACAAUCCUGCAAAGCGGGUUCAAUACUGUUCAUUAAUUUGAGCUGUGUUAACAUACACAGUUCAGAACCACACAGUGGCUGCUACAGCUGUGAUAUUUUAUGCACAAGUCAUCGUGAACUGACAAUAUCUGCCCAAAUAUCACUCUGUUGUGCUCGACUGCCAGAUCGCAUUCUGAUCCAGAUAUAGAAUCUCAUGUAAAUCAGAACACCACAAUGCACACUAAGUUUGAUAGUAGGUAUUUUCUUCAUGUCACCAAGAAAUAAUUGUAACCGAUUAGCUGUGAGGAAUCUGCCUUUGUACUGACACAUUGAACUGUUUCCUCUGAUGUUGAUUUUAAGUACCACAGUCAUUGGCAUCCACAGAAAUUUUCCUUGGGGGGGGGGGGGGGGGGGUGCUUACAAGACUGUAAAAUUGUCAUUUUUUAAUAUAGAUGAGUUGGUCAAUUGCAGGACAUAUCCUGCCACAGGAAUUAAUUUUUGGAGGUGACACAAAAAAAACUAAUUAUAUCCUAGAGAACUGGUGGUUAUUCACUCAAUAUAUGAAUAAAACAUGUAUACUCCUGAUUCCGGGAGGGGGGCAGUGACAAAUGCCCUCACUUGCCCGCCCUUGUGGGCUCCUGAGAUAGAUAUACAUGUGCUGCCUCAGAAGCUGUUCUUGCUCAAUUCAGUUGAUUUUAAUCUUCUUUUUUUGUCAUUAAUAUAAUGAUCAACAUUUUUAUGAGAAGUAUAGUUUCAGAGUCUACUGUAUGUUUGAAUCAACAAGAUAAACUUUCAUAGAGUGGCCAUAUGUCCACCAUGUGUGAAACAAAUUGAAACCCCGUCUACCACUUUUUCGGUCAGGGAUGUUAAUGCUGUGCGAUGUGCCCUUGAAAUUGCCUUCAACUAAGUUGAAACAGUGUACACUAGUGUCAUUUUAUCUCAAAAAACUAUAAACUGUGACGAUUUCCGUGUAUAUUGGCUACAACAAUGAAAGUUUUAGUUAAAAUGUGGAAUCUUUUCUAUGCUUAUAAAGCUGCAAGAUGACUGAAAACAUCAUGUUUGUCCUACCAUAAUAACUGUACUCAUUGUUCACAAGCUGAACAUAAAUCAGUGCCAUUUGAACAGAUACCACCUGAAGAUUAUGGUGUAAACUUUGAAAUGUUUUAUGGUGAUUGGCACAGAAAUUCUGUACUUUUGUUGGUAUUUUAAGUAUAAGCCACAAAAACCAGUCCAUUAUAGAAGAGAAUAUUUUUAAAAAAAUACAUGUUACAAGUAACUAA